UGUUGCGUUUGGAAGGUAACCCUCAUCACGGCACGGCCUUCUGCGUUUCUUCGGUUGUAUUGAAGAAGGGAGGAGAAUAAAAGUUGCAAAAAAAAAACAAAAAUAAAAAGGAAAAUUAAUUGAGGUGCACGGCGGUUGAAUUGGUGUUUUGGGGGAAAAUUUCCGGAGGUUUUCGUGCGGUGUGAAGUUGAAAAGUGUUCCCAAGUUAAAGUGGUAAGAGUGUGAGGAGCGGUAGAAGAACGCGCGGAUGUGUGCCAUUUCUGUGGUUUGGCCUUAAGGUACAAGGUUUUUUGCACUCUGGACCCGGUCACCAUCGGUUCUUUUGCAGACGGACAGGUUUUUUUCUUUGCCAAUCAAGCUCCACCAGUCAGCCAGUACCUACGUACGCUCGGUGCACUGGUUUUAUGAGGUGUGGGAUUUUUUUUUUCUUUACUUCGCUACGCUCACUUGUUCCAGUUCAUCUGUGUGUGGGACGCGAGAAGGCCACUACUGUUGAGAGAGUGUAUAUGAAUAUGACUCGCUUUUCUGGCCGCCCGACUGUGUGGAGUGAGUAAUGAAUUUAUCAAUCAAGCAGUGAUAAGCCCCCGUCGUUUCAGAAGGCGAAAUAAUCGAAAGGAAGAAAAUGUCAACGCAUUUGAAAUUGAUUUGUGAGAAGUUGUGAAUCAGCAGUAACGCACGGCAGACGGGCGGUUCGGUUGCAGUGAGUUCUUGGCAUCUGACCCUGGGUUCGAUCCUCGGAGGGAGCUAGAGAAGAAGAAAAAAAAUUGCUAUUCUACUGUCAUCCGACGCACGCACACUCGAACGGACGCAUUCGGGAAAAAAAAUAUCAGCGAUUCCAGUCAGUAGUAGGUAGUGAGUGACUCUCUUUCUCGCGUGAAAACGGUUCGGCUUACUGCGAUCGGAAGAGCGUGAGUGCGCGCACGGUCGUUCGUUCGUAUAAAUGAGUGUUUAUUUUUUCUGCUCGCAGAUUUGUUGUUGUUGUUGUUGUUGAUAGUCUCGCGGCGGGUGGGUUUGUGCGUUGUUGUGCUGUGCAUGCCAUUUGCCUCCUCUUUCAAUAACAAGCAGAUCUAAAUUCCUCCAUUCAUUCAUUUGUUUAUGCCGCGCCAAGGCGAGAGAAAGAAAUUGUUGCUCGCCUAAACAUCGUUUAAAAUUUGCACGCACACCCGUGGAGCGAGAGAGAGAGAGUGCCGGAAGAGGUGCUGCUCCUCGGUGGAAAGCAAUCGAGUCAGCUGAGAAAAAGGCGAGUGACGUAGGAGUGGGUGGUGCUGGUGAGCUUAGCCGGGGAACGAGCGGGUAUUCCACAGAAUUUGUUUCUUUUCGGAGGGAUUUUCCCGCUGAGCUCGCGCUGGCGGCAGUCGAGAGGAAAAAUCUUCGCAAUCGGGCCAAAAUCGAUUCGUAUCUCGCGCGUGUGUUUAUCCAGAGCAAAUGAAGAGCGCCAGGCGCGCGUUUGAGGUUUCCUUGAUUGUUCUACGGUGAAAAGCGAGGUGGUGAAGUGCGGUUAGAAAGGGGUGAAAAGAUUUGCCACCCGAUACGAACCAGAAAGAGCUGCCUCGAUUCGAUUGUUUGUUUGGAGGAGUGAAGAUAGCCGACGAGGCGAGGAAGAAUUGCUCGCAUACUUUGAAGACGUUGCGAGAUCGCAGUAGGCCACGGAAGAAAAAAAAACUGUGCUUCAUAGCUUCAGGAGAAGAUUUUCCGAAGACCCACUUGUUGUCGUUGUUGUAAUCCAUCACUGUUGUUGAUGUUAUCAUUUCUCAUCUUGUAGAAACAGCGAGAGCGAGUGAUUCUCAACGAGUUCCGGGAAAAGAGGUCCUCGACGAGUCCUCCCCAAACGAGAGCGCAGUAGGCGAGUGUGUAAUCAGAAGCGAGUGUUUGCCGUUUCUAUGUAAACUUAGUGGUGACAAAUUCUCCGUCAAUCCGAGCUGGGGUCAAAGUGAUCUGCAAAAGUUUAUCCCUGGCGACAGGAAUCGCGAUUUCGACGACGAGAUAAAAGAAAGAGAGAAGACACGCACACACACACCCUCAGACACAGAGCCAAAUCCCUGAGUUCGGUCUGUCAGUCGGUCGGUCGGUCGGUUUAGUUUGGUUAGUUGAGAAGCAAAACAACAACAAAUCCACCAACCAAAAUGGCGGAUCUCGAAGCAGUGCUGGCCGAUGUCAGCUAUCUGAUGGCGAUGGAGAAAUCCAAGUGCAUGCCAGCGGCCCGUGCCAGCAAGAAGAUUGUCCUGCCCGAUCCAAGUGUUCGAAGUGUGAUGCACAAAUACCUGGAGAAGGAGAACGAGGUGAACUUCGACAAAAUCUUCAAUCAAGUGUUAGGAUAUCUACUGUUCAGAGAUUUCUGCGACAACGUCUCAGACGAACCGGUGCCACAUUUAAAAUUCUACGAAGAGAUCAAAGCCUACGAAAAGACAGAGUGCCACGACGAGCGGCGGAAGCAGGCCAGAGACAUUUACGACAAUUUUAUUAUGAAAGAAAUGCUAUCGCAUACACACGAAUACUCGAAGGAGGCGGUGGCGCACGUGCAAAAGUACCUCAUGAAGAACGAGGUACCGGUGAAUCUGUUCGAGCCGUACAUCGACGAGAUCUUCCACCAUCUUCGGGGGGAGCCGUUUCGGAAUUUUCUCGAAAGUGACAAGUACACCCGCUUCUGUCAGUGGAAGAACCUGGAGCUCAACAUCCAGCUAACGAUGAACGAUUUCAGUGUGCACCGGAUCAUCGGCCGGGGCGGUUUCGGCGAGGUGUACGGCUGCCGGAAGGCCGACACCGGCAAGAUGUACGCCAUGAAGUGUCUAGACAAGAAGCGAAUCAAAAUGAAACAGGGCGAAACGUUGGCGCUGAACGAGCGGACGAUGCUCUCGCUAGUCAGUACCGGGGUCGACUGCCCGUUCAUCGUGUGCAUGACGUAUGCAUUUCACACCCCCGACAAGCUGUGCUUCAUCCUGGACCUAAUGAACGGUGGCGAUCUGCACUAUCAUCUCUCCCAGCAUGGCGUAUUUAAUGAGUCCGAUAUGAAGUUUUAUGCGGCGGAAGUCAUUCUCGGGCUGGACCACAUGCACAAGCGGUUCAUCGUAUAUCGGGACCUGAAACCGGCCAACAUUCUGCUGGACGAGAACGGUCACGUGCGGAUUUCGGAUCUGGGGCUGGCGUGCGAUUUCAGCAAAAAGAAGCCCCACGCCUCGGUAGGAACACAUGGCUACAUGGCACCGGAAGUGCUUUCCAAGGGCACACCGUACGAUUCCAGUGCCGACUGGUUCAGCUUCGGGUGUAUGCUGUACAAAUUGCUCAAGGGCCACUCGCCCUUCCGGCAGCACAAGACCAAGGACAAGCACGAAAUCGACCGGAUGACACUGACGAUGGUGAGCCUUUGUGUGCGGAUGCCUUGCUAUAUUUUCCAGAUAACAUUUGAUUUCGGUGAUUGUCCUCCACAGAAUGUCGAACUGCCGGAAUCGUUUAGCAAAGAACUGAGGGACUUGCUGGAAGGACUGCUACAACGGGACAUAGACAAACGAUUAGGCUGUAAAGGGGGAGGAGCGGACGAAGUCAAAGCCCAUCCGUUCUUUGCCGGCAUCGACUGGAACCAGGUGUACUACCAGAAGUACACCCCACCACUGAUACCGCCCCGGGGGGAGGUCAACGCAGCGGACGCCUUCGAUAUCGGUUCGUUCGACGAAGAGGACACCAAAGGUAUCAAACUGACUGAACAGGAUCAAGAGCUUUACAAGUACUUCCCGCUGACCAUUUCGGAAAGAUGGCAGCAGGAGGUAGCGGAAACAGUAUUCGAAACCGUCAAUCUGGAAGCGGAUCGGUUGGAGCAGAAGCGGAAAGCCAAGCAAAAGCAGAAGUUCGAUGCGGACGAGAAGGACUCGGACUGCAUACUGCACGGGUAUCUCAAGAAGUACAGCGGUUCGUUCGCGACGGUUUGGCAGACGCGGUACGCGAAGCUUUAUCCAAAUAGGCUAGAACUGCAUACGGAAAGCAGUAGUACGAAGCCGGAUCUAGUGUUUAUGGAUCAGAUCGAGGAGGUGGCGCCGGACUAUGUGCAGUUCAAGAACGAACAGUGCAUACAGGUCAAGAUUCGGGACGGCAUCCGGGAUGGGAAGCUGACACUGACGAUGGUGGACGAAAUCGGCCUCAAGGAGUGGUUCCUGUCGCUGCGCGGUGCCCACAAGGAAAGCCAAGAACUGCUCGGCUCGAUGGCCAAGAAGGCCGGCAAAAUCUACGGCACCGAACGGGACGCCUCGAAAGCGAACGUUCUGAUCUCAUCGUCGGCCGCCUCCAAUGCCAAUUCCAAUGCCAAUGCCUCGGCCGCCGCCGCCAGUGGCCAACGGAACGCGAAUGGAUCGUCCAACUAGCGGUUACUGUUGCGAUCUCGGUCCUGCUUCAUAGAACCGAGUCGUCUCAAGGAACCGCUGCUGAAGAUGAAGUGCAAGGACACCUAAGUUUCCAGCAGUAUUCUUCUUCAAGUAUUGUUGUUUUGCGAUAUUUCGGUUUAGUUCACAUCAAUUUUAAUACCAGUCUUUAGUUAGUUGUUGUGUUUUUCGUUUUCUUUUUUUUUCUUAUUAUUCGUGAGUAUUUAUGAAAGCAUUUCUUGCUUAGUGUAGCACCUAGGCAAGCAACAACAAACGGGUUCAAUCGGAACGAAUUGGCUUAAACCGCGGGACAUUUUCGGUGACGAAAUUCUAAAGAGAGAAAAAAAUCGUACUGCUAAAUAUGAUAUGAGGGACAGAAAACAAGUAACAAUUGUUUUUUGACAGUGAUAUGAACAAAGUAACAACAAAAGAAAUAUUUUAAUCCUUAGGAGUUAUAACAAUUAUACACACACAUACAAUAAGCGAUGGAGGUCCACGUUUUGUUUUUCCUAUUUCGAAAUGACAGGACGCGGUCAGUGCUGACUUGGAUGGGAUGCGGUUUUGAUUUCGUUCCGCAAGCGACAAACAAAGCAAACCGUUUCGUUAACCGGAACGGCUUGCUGUGUCCGUCGCGUCGUGCGGUCAUUUCAUUGUUGUACUUUUUAUUCGUUUGAGUAUUAGUUUCGGUUUUUCAUCUGUUUUGCUUUGGAACGCGAAGAAGGCAAGUCAGUAUUGGGGCACACGCCGAGGCCGAAGUGCCGCUUGGAUUCCUAAAUCGGUUGAUUUUCAAAUAUUCGAUCGGGGACAAAUGGCACUUUAUAUGAUUAAAUUGGAUCAACCGAUUUAGUAAUGGAGUAACCCGAGGUACAUGAAAGUGGAAAAAUCGCCACUUCGGACUCGGUGUGGAGCAGUCGUGAAACACACAACACAAAUUAUAGCAAAAAUAAUUCCUAGGGUUAGCGAAUAAAUGUGUCAAUUUAGUAUUGUACUUCUUUAUAUCCGAAGAAGGAAAUCAUGAAAGUAAUAACUUAGCGAUGUUUAUACAACCGGACAGAUUUAAUGGAAGAAAACAAUAAAAAAUGAAGAAAAAUUAACCUUAAUUACUAGGAUACGAUAGGCAAAUGGUUUGCGCAGAGUCGUUUAUUAAGAUAAGAACAGAACAAACAAAACUAGGCGUAGCUAUCCUAAAGUAUUGUUAAAACAAUCACAGCAACCAUGUGACAAAGGCAACGCGAUGACAUGUGUCAUCGUAGGCGUCGUUCAUCAUUCGUGUAUAAAAAAAACCAAAAGAAGUAAAAUGGUAGUUGUUUGUUUCAGUUUCUUUUUUCUGUUGUGAAAUAUUUUUCAUGUAGCGAUUCGGGAAAACGUCAAACUAUAUUCAAUGUCAAUCCAACCCUCACGAAAAUUGGUAUGUGUUACUACUACUACUACUACAACAAACUACUACUGUUAUAUAUAUUUGUAUAGCAAUCUAGAAUCCAAGUGAGGAAACACAAACAAUACUAAGCCUUUUAUAUGUCUGUCUGUAUGUGUGUGGAGUAUAUUUAAAGAAGAAAAAAAAAUGCAAAUUAAGCCGAUCAAAAGCGUAAUCGUUUAGAUGAACUAAAUGAAUACUGUUGAGUAAGCCAAAAAUGAAACAAUCUUUAACAUUAAAGAUCACGAGUGUCAUCUAGUUGUUUUCCCCUUUCCAAAAGCUGUAAUGAUAAUCGUUCCGUUUAUCGUUAAGUAGGAUGUCGAACAACAAUGUUAGGUCCAAUUGCGAGCAAUAGCGGUUUGAGUUUGUGUGAAAUUAGUAUUCUUUUCCAAUCAGACAAUGACAUCAACAACAAUGACAAUAGCAAAUGCAUCUUCUCCGAUCGAUCGAUCGUAGCAACCUGGUUUUCCAGGCUGAAGUCACACUCACAAACACAAACAAACGUACGGGUGAAACCGAGAAGCUCUUCCUCUCUCCAAGUAAAAAUCACGUAAAAUGAAUUUUAUUAGAACAGAUAAAUUAGAGAAGCGCACGAACAAUCGUUCUACUUUGACACUUAACAGAAGAACAAAUUUCUACUCACUCUUAUUUACAACUGUUACUAGGAAGAGAGUCAAUCUAGCGAAAGCAAAACAAAUAACAACCUAUAUAGAAACCUUUCCUCGGAAGACAAAACACAGAUAAAGCCCUAUUUAACAGCCCAAAAAAAAAACAGUGAAGAAAAA